AUUUCAAGCCAAUCCCAUGUGGGAUUCUUCUCUUUUACUCAUCAUCCCCUGUUUUAUCUCUGCUCUGCUCUGCUCUGUUUUUAUGCUCCUUCUCUCUGCUCUUCCUCUGAAGCCUCAGCAUUGAAAUUCCUGUUCAGAUUUUCUGGGUUUUUUUAUUCAUCAUGUGGGAUUCAGAGAGUGAGUUAGUUGGAGGAAGAGACUACAACAAUGGAGUGCUCAAUCCCAGCAAGCUCAGUGUCAAGACUGAUGGGUUUGAGCAAAGAGGCCAAGCUUGGUAUGUUUCAACUGACAUCCCAAGUGACUUCUUGAUUCAAAUUGGAGAUUCCACUUUCCACUUACAUAAGUAUCCACUGCUUUGUAGGAGUGGAAAGAUGAACACAGUCAUAUACAAAACGCGAGACUCGGAUUUGGAAAAAAUUGUUUUGGAUGAUCUUCCCGGUGGACCCGAGGCAUUUGAGCUGGCUGCAAAAUUCUGCUAUGGAAUUGCCGUCAAUCUCACAGCAACAAACAUCUCGAACCUAAGAUGUGCAGCAGAGUACCUAGAAAUGACAGAGGAUUUGGAAGAAGGCAAUCUCAUAUUCAAAACUGAAGCAUUUCUCAGCUACGUCGCCUUAUCGUCAUGGAGAGAUUCCAUUCUGGUAUUGAAAAGCUGCGAGAAGCUUUCUCCAUGGGCAGAAAACCUCCAAAUCGUGCGAAGAUGCAGCGAGUCCAUCGCAUGGAAGGCUUGCGCCAAUCCAAAAGGAAUCAAAUGGGCUUAUACAGGGAAACCCCUAAAAGUUUCGAGCCCAAGAUGGAAUGAAUCGAAGGACUCAACCCCUGGUGAACACCAGCCAGUGCCUUCUGAUUGGUGGUUUGAGGAUGUUUCGAUUUUGAGGAUUGAUCACUUUAUUCGGGUCCUUACUGCGAUCAGGGUGAAAGGGAUGAGAUUUGAAUUGAUUGGUGCUGCAAUAAUGCACUAUGCAGCGAAGUGGCUGCCUGGUUUGAUAAAAGAAGGAACGGUAACAACAGAAGAUGGAAGCAAUAACAGCAACAAUAAUGGUAGUAAUAGUAGUUGGAAAGGGGGGCUGCAUCUGAUAGUAGCCGGGACUAAAGAUGGCGUGGCAAACAUUCAGGCAAAAGAUCAACGGAUGAUCAUCGAGAGCCUGAUAAGUAUAAUUCCACCGCAGAAGGACAGCGUAUCGUGCAGCUUCCUUCUGCGGUUACUGAGGGUGGCGAACAUGUUGAAGGUAGCACAUGCUUUGGUUACUGAUUUAGAAAAGCGCGUAGGAAUGCAAUUUGAACAAGCUUCCUUACUGGAUCUUCUCAUACCAUCUUACAAUAAAAGCGAGACACUGUACGAUGUGGAUCUAGUUCAGAGGCUUUUGGAGCAUUUUCUUGUUCAGGAACAGACAGAGAACUCGAGUCCAAAUGCAGAGUCUUUUUCAGAGAUACACAUGUAUGAAGAAACUCAAACGGGUCAUAAUGUUCUUAAUGCCAAGAUGAGAGUGGCAAGGCUUGUAGACAGUUAUCUGACAGAAGUUUCCAGAGAUAGAAACCUCUCCUUAACAAAAUUCCAGGUCCUGGCAGAGUCCUUGCCCGAAUCCGCAAGAACAUGCAAUGAUGGUCUGUACCGAGCUAUCGAUUCCUAUCUUAAGGCCCAUCCAACACUCUCAGAGCACGAAAGGAAGCGACUCUGUCGUGUUAUGGAUUGCCAAAAGCUCUCAAUCGAUGCUUGUAUGCACGCUGCCCAAAAUGAACGCCUUCCAUUGCGUGUGGUGGUGCAAGUACUCUUCUCUGAACAGGUCAAGAUAAGCAAUGCAAUAGCCAACAGUUCUCUAAAAGAAGCCGCUGACGCUCACUACCCACCCAUGGCAUCAAACAAGAAAACCUUACUUGAAGGAACUCCACAGUCAUUUCAAGAAGGAUGGGCAGCAGCGAAAAAGGACAUAAAUACACUCAAACUUGAGCUUGAGAGUGCUAAAACCAAGUACUUGGAGCUCCAAAAUGAUAUGGAGAGUUUAAAGAGACAGUUUAAUAAGAUGGAGAAGCCGAAACAGACAUCAGCUUGGACCAGUGGGUGGAAAAAACUGGGCAAGCUCACCAAGAUGACAGGUUUUGAGACUAAUGAUUUCGGAGCGCAGAACCCAAAUGCAGAGCAGACUAGAAAGACAGCCAGAAGGUGGAGAAAUUCCAUUUCCUGAGAAAGUUGGAAGAGAGAGAGGUUUCCCAAAAGGGUUACCUAGAAUUCAACUCUUUAUUGGCUGCAAUAUUGUUGUUUUUUUCUUUUUUUCUUUUUGUUUUGUUUCCAUUUUUUGUCUCUUUAAAACACCACCAACCAUCACCACAUCCUUCGACCUUCCACCAUCAAGCUCGACUAAUCUACCUCUAUGCUGCCAUCCCCAACAUACCCUCCACCAUUUCCCUCCCUACGUUCGAUCUUUUCUCAAUAAAAUUCAUGAUUAAAGUGCUCUAACAA